CCAUUGAUUUUUUCUACAGUACACAGUCAUCAGUACACAUAUCAGUUUGUUUUUUUCGUUAUUGUUAUAGAAAAUUUAUCACCAAUUGUAAGCCAUAAUUUAGCUUUGAAAUCAUGGAUUGGACAGCGAAUGAUAAGAUUUCGCAGUAUUAUAACUACACUUGUCUAAGUGAAAGAAACCUUGAGCUCGCGCGCCUAAAAACCCUUUACGAAAAGUCAUGCCAUGCUGAACAUUUCGCUACGGUAGAAAAAGAACUGCUUAAUCUAAAUGAGACGCUUACAAGAAAACUAACAAUUAACGAAUCGAACAUUCGCAAUGUCAUACAACAGGAUUGGUUUUUGGAAAUUCCUAGCGACUAUAUGCAGAAAAUACAUUCCGACUUUGAUGAAAUGAAUAUUGCCAAACGCAAAUCAUUGGAUCUAUUGAUGCUAAAGGUGAACUCACUGCGCGAACGGUACCGUAAUUUGCUGAUGAAAAUAUUUUCUUGCAGAAUUCAGGUUGAUACACACGAUCCGAGAGCAACCGAGGAAAAGGUUAAAUAUCGAUUAGCGGCAUUGCAAUUGCAUCGCUGUGAGGCAUCGAUAAGAAAUGCUCGUAAUGUUCAAAAUUACUAUCGUCGUAUUGGGAACUUUAUGUUCAAGGACAACCUUCACAAUGAUCGCUCAUUGGAAGCAUUAAAGCAAGCGAUAAAGGAACAGAAAACACUUAUACGCAAAACUACCGUUAUUGGACGUUCAGUGAUUGAUAAGGUGGCAGCACUGAAUAAAGAUCUGAAGUUAUCUACGAUAGGUUUCAGUAUCGAUCGUGCACGCAAUAUGAAAUCCUUAAUGUACCAUAAAACUAUCUUGACUAAAGAACGAACCGCAAUAACAAAUGCCAGCAUGGAUGAGAUUGAUUCUAAACGUUGGAAAUCGCGUUAUGAUUCGAUUACACCAAGUAUGGAAGCAUUACAAAAGGAAAAAGAAAAGCUACAUAAUACAAUAGAAAAUUUGAAACACACAUCUCUCACUAUAUGGGAAGCCAAAAUUCUAAAAGAAAUGGAUGCUAAAACACAGAAAAUAAUGCAGCUGGAGAAAGAUAUUUAUGAGAAUGAAAGAGUGUACAAAGAGUUAGAUGGAACAAUUGAAAAUACGAAACAUUAUGUUCAGGGCGGUUGUGCCCUGGACUCAUCGAGCUUGAUGUGCCAACAGGACAAUGUAGCCAUGGGUCUUGAGAAGGAGAAAAACGAACAAACGGUACUGAAAGCUUCCCUCGCUCGCCUUAAAUCGUUGCACAUGCGGUUGGAUCAAUUUUUUGCAUACAUGCCACAAAUUAUACAACAAAAUACCACCGAAACCGCUUCUUCUCGAGAUCAUGAUGUAUCAGAACAGCACAUAACAAUGUCAGCAUUGUUGCGAUUGUUCCAACCUGAACAAAUUAUGGAAUGAUGUUAAUUUUUGGUUCGUUUACUCAUAUUUCUUACUAAAAUUGCAAUAAUUGAAGUUUUUGUAAUGAGAUGUGAAAAUAUACCAAAAUUGUGUUUAUAACAGCA